CUAGAAAUGCAAGAGUGUGAGUGAGGACACUAAGAAAAGAGUGAUAUAAUACACACAGCUCUCUCUAAUCUUUUUUGGUGCUUUUCUGCAAAUUGUGUUUGAUAAAAUUUCUUUCUUUAAUCUUCUCCCCCAAUCUCUCUGAUUCCCCCCGCUUCUCUGAAUCCCUUUCUGUCAUCGUCUGUCUUUCAAGCUUUGUUUUGGGGUUUGUGUUCUUUGGGAAAAUAUUUGUGUGAAAACAUAAAAAAAAAAAAAAGAAUCAAAACCCAGAAGGGUGUUUUUGAAAGCCAGGUGUUUCAGAAUAGAGAUCCAGGAUUUUCUUUUGUUUUCCUUUAGUUUUUUCUUCUUUGUCAACUUAAGAGGGUUUGUUUUUCUGUCCCUCGGGGUUGGUUUUACUUUUAUUAAGGGUAUUUCUUGCUUUCUGUAGAACAAUUACCUGUUCUUUGGUUUUGGUAAGAAACAGGUUGAUUUUUAAAAAAACUCCCUUUUUUUUCCCCUUAUAAAUUUGAAGUAUUUUGAUCUUUCUUUGUAUUUUGUUGAGAAGAGAUGGCAGCAGCUAUAGAUAUUUACAGUAGCAGCUUAACAUCAAUUUUCUCAGAUCCUUUAGGAGAAGAGUUAAUGAAAGCACUGCAACCAUUUAUGAAAAGUGAUUCACUGACGUCUUCUUCUUCUUCUUUUUCUCCCCCUUCUCCCCCCUCUCCUUCUUCUCCUUCUUCUUUUACAUCUUAUCCUUCUUGCUCUUACUCUGCAAUCUCUCCCUCUCAGUCCAACUCGUACCCUGAAUUUUGCUCCCCAUCGGGCACCCAGAUGUUUUCUAAUGGGUUCUCGAGCCAUAACCAAAUGGGUCUUGAGCAAGCAGGAUCGAUAGGGCUCAACCACCUCACCCCCUCUCAGAUUCUUCAAAUCCAAGCCGAAAUUCAACUCCAACAACAACAGCAACAGCAGCAAAUCGCUGCCAUGGCUUCAGCUUCACUCCAAAACCAGAGGCUAAGCCAAUGGCAGCACCAAAACCAGCGCGCCCUCGACUUCCUGAGCCCCAAAGCCAUUCCAAUGAAACAUGUAGGCACUCCUCCGAAGGCCACGAAACUCUACAGAGGAGUGAGACAGAGACAUUGGGGCAAAUGGGUUGCUGAGAUCAGACUCCCCAAGAACCGAACCCGCCUCUGGCUCGGCACCUUCGAUACCGCCGAAGAGGCGGCUUUGGCUUAUGAUAAGGCAGCCUAUAAGCUCAGGGGAGAUUUUGCCAGGCUCAAUUUCCCUCAUCUCAAGCAUCAAGGAGCUCAUAUCUCAGGCGAAUUUGGUGACUACAAGCCCCUCCAUUCCUCAGUGGACGCGAAGCUCCAAGCAAUUUGCCAGAGCUUGGCGAACUCGCAGAAACAGGGGAAAACAGAGGAGCCCUGUUUUGUCACUGAUACAAAGCCAGCCAUUUCAGCUUCUUUGGAUGCGAAUUCGGUCUUCGAAAAUUCACCGAAAGUCGAAUUGAGUAGUGAAAUCGUGUAUUCUGGUUCGGAAGACUGUAAGGUGGAGAAUUCAUCAUCGUCGAUGUCUCCUACUUUGUCCGAUGAAUCAUCUUCGUUGGCGGGCUCUUCUUCGCCAGAAUCCGAUAUCACAUUCUUCGAUUUCUCGGAUUCCCAGUGUGAGGAGACUCAGAACUUUGGGUUGGAGAAGUACCCUUCAGUGGAGAUUGACUGGGCAGCUAUAUUCAAGUCUUAAUCACUGUUUUUGGCUGGGCUUUUUUUUUCUCUUUGUAAUUCUAGGUUCAGCUUGGCGUCUCCAGCAGCUUCUGCAAAGAAAUUUUUGACUGUUGCAGAGGUGUUGGCCGUUUCAAUUAGGAGUCAGUCAGUUAAGAGUUUAUGCAAAUCUUAGUGUAUGGGAUUAGAGAGUCAGAUGUUCAUGGGUAUUAUUAGUAGUAUUUUCAGGUUUCUCCACCUUGGUCCUGCUGGUAUUUUUUGUCCUUGCAUGGCCAUGGAGAAUAUGAAGAUUAAGGUUAUAUAUAUAUAUAUAUUAUGUCUUGGUUGUAAUGUCCAGCCAUGUAAUUAAAGCUUGUCUUUGAAUAUAAUAUAUGAUGUAGUCUCUGUAUUUUGUGUAAA